UACAGGCGAUGGAAGCAUACAAAUCACAAAAUCAGCUUCCACGUCGAAUCUGAAAGUGAAACUAUUGCCUGAACAUAGAGAUGCCCUUGAUAUCCAGAAAACUUGUUUCAGUAUUCAAAUUUGCAAUCUCUCUCAAUCUCUGCCACCAUGGCACCUUAUUCAGAGGAAGGCUGCUCUUUGUUGCCUACAUAAGCCUUUUUUUCCUUCCAUUAGUUCACCUGACUGUCGCUGCUACUGAUAACAACAAAUGUGCCCCUUCUGCUUGUGGGAAGAUUCACAACAUCAGCUAUCCCUUUCGAUUGAGAGGAGAUCCAAGCAAUUGCGGGAACAAAAGUUAUGAAUUGGUCUGUGAGCAGAACAACCUGACAGCACUGUACCUGUAUUCAGGAAAAUACUAUGUGCAGGCAAUCAAUUACAAUAACUACACCAUUCGAUUGGUGGAUGCUGGUAUUCAGAAGGAGAAUUGCUCUCCCCUUUCUCGAUAUUCUUUAACCGUUUCCAACUUCAGCGACAAAGAUGCAUUUAUAUGGUAUAAGUACAAGUGGGGUAAAUCAGAUUAUUUACCUAAGCUAACAGAAAGCAUGGUUUUCCUGAAUUGCGCAAAUCCAGUGAAUUCUAGUAGUUUUUAUGUGGACGCUGCUCCUUGCAUUAAUGGUGGCAACCAUUCUAAUUCUUCUUUCUCUCGUUCGAGGAGGUAUUACUAUGUUGUUUUUGGACCCACGGCUGCAUUGGAGGUGGAGGACUUGUGCAGGGUAGAGGUGAUGGCCUUGACAUCUUUACCUGUAAAAAAGGGGAUGAAUAUUUCCUACAUGGAAAUCUACAGCAGGCUAGUUUACGGGUUUGAGCUUUCCUUCUUUCAAUAUAGGUGCGGACACUGCAGGUCUUGGGAACCUUGUCGCGUUAACAGCACAGACCAUCUUCAGUGCUUGCCAUUUGCGACUACCGUAAAAGAAGGCUUCUUCCACAAGAUGUUUUACACAGUUAUAUCGUAUUGGGUGUUGAUGGUGCUUAUCAUCGGAGCUAUUAUCACAUUGAAAUGUUGUUGUGGGGCUCCGUGUGUGACUGUAUUAUUAAUCUACAAAUGGCGAAAAAGGCAUAUGUCAAUGUAUGACAGGAUUGAAAAUUUCCUGCAAAGUCAGAACAACUUCAUGCCAAUAAGAUAUUCAUACUCACAGAUAAAAAAGAUGACUGAGGUAUUCAAGGACAAAUUGGGUGAAGGAGGUUAUGGCUCUGUAUUCAAAGGAAAGCUUCGCAGUGGUCAUCUUGUUGCAGUAAAAAUGUUGGGCAAGUCCAAAGCUAAUGGUCAAGAAUUUAUUAAUGAAGUUGCCACAAUUGGGAGAAUUCAUCAUGUCAAUGUGGUACAACUGAUUGGAACAAAGUGUGCUCUUGUUUAUGAGUUCAUGCCUAAUGGCUCCCUUGACAAAUACACUUUUGGUCGAGAAGGAAACACAACCAUAAGUUGGGAGAAAAUAUAUGAGAUUUCUCUAGGAGUGGCUAACGGUAUUGAAUACUUACAUCGAGGUUGUGACAUGCAAAUCUUACACUUUGAUAUUAAGCCUCACAACAUUCUUCUUGAUGAAAAUUUCACUGCUAAGGUUUCUGACUUUGGACUUGCAAAAUUGUAUCCAACAAAUGAUACCACAGUGACUCUUACUGCAGCAAGAGGCACAAUCGGAUACAUAGCACCAGAAUUGUUCUACAAAAAUAUUGGAGGUGUCUCAUAUAAAGCUGACGUCUAUAGUUUCGGAAUGUUGUUGAUGGAAAUGGCAGGCAAAAGGAGGAAUUCAACUCCGGUGACAGCGCAGUCAAGUGAAGCUUACUUUCCUUGCAAUGUUUAUGACCAAAUUGUAGGAGGAAGAGAUUUUGAAGAAAUCCAAGGAGCGUCGGAGGAGGAAAAGAAAAUAGUCAAGAAGAUGAUCAUGGUAGCACUGUGGUGUAUACAAAUGAACCCUAGUGAUCGACCUUCAAUGGCCAAAGUCGUGCAGAUGCUCGAAGGAGAAGUUGAAAGUCUGCAAGUGCCUCCCAAGCCUGUUUUAUAUCCACAACAAACUUUGGUGAGCAGUGGAAGCCACUCAACUCAACAAGAGUCAUCUUCUGCAUCAACUGAUUAUACAGAAUCCAUAAGCUUAAUUACCAGUGGAAGGUGACAGAAGGAAUUUUCGAUGAAAGCCACUGCUCCAAAUUUAUCACAAUUGUACCUAAGAGCUAUUUGUUAUGUCUAAAGGGGAAAGGGAAAAUCCAUCUUCCCCUGCUUGCAAAGGCAGGCAAUUGCAGUGCAUUAUUUGAUUAAUUAAUUGAUGCAGGUUCUUUUUACAA